AUGUACGCUGGAAGGAAGGCUGCCAGGUCCAUCACAAGCAAUCACAGUGGAGAUGGUGUCCAGGGCAUACGCUACAGGCGCUUUGCCGGGCGGCGAUGCACAGGUCAUCUGCAAGAUUGCAAAGCAGGUGGUGGAGGGCCCGCUACCCUGAGGUCAGGCGAUGCCUCAAGGCAUGGAAAAGUUGCGCUGGAGCCCCCAUAUCAUGGUCGAAGCUUCGAGGUGUCCAGCAACAAGGGCUGCACGAACACUAUAUCUGAAUCGCCCAAGAGCCAAUGCCCACCGGAUGCUAGAAUUGGCGACUUGUAG